UUGGCCGGGUGGUCCCAAAGUUCCGCUUCCCCAGAGCACCACUCGGCCGAGAAAACGCCAGCCGCGCAGCCUGGGCCUCGGCAACUCUUCUUCGUCGGGAGAAGCUGCAGCUCUCUUUUAUCCACACGACAAUAAAUUCCUCACAGCCUUCCUGUCGCCGACAAAAAAUUGUGCGCAAUUCUUCUCUUCUCGCCAUGUCUUCCUCCUCCCCCUCCACGGGCACGCAGAUCAACCAGAAGAUCGAUUCGCUGCCUCCAGGCGUCGCAGGCAAGCUUCCCCACCUGCCAGAGUCGAAAGAGGAAUUGAAGGAGAACGCGAAGGAGGUUGGGAAGAAGUCAUUUGCGGGCUUACGGAGUCUGGCUGCUGGAGGCUUCGGUGGAGUGUGCGCCGUGGUUGUUGGACAUCCCUUUGAUCUAGUGAAGGUGCGGUUACAGACUGCGGAGCGAGGAGUCUACUCGAGCGCGCUCGAUGUGGUGCGAAAGAGCAUUGCAAAAGAUGGGUUAAGAAGGGGACUGUAUGCUGGCGUCAGUGCACCAUUGGUGGGCGUCACUCCUAUGUUUGCUGUGUCUUUCUGGGGGUAUGAUGUUGGAAAGAGCCUCGUCCGCCGAUUCUCUACUGUCGAGAACGACCAACUCUCGGUUGCACAAGUCUCUGCAGCCGGUUUCUUCUCUGCCAUUCCCAUGACACUCAUCACGGCACCGUUCGAACGAGUCAAGGUGCUGCUACAAAUCCAAGGCCAGAAGCAAUUGGCACCAGGCGAGAAACCAAAGUACAGCGGCGGUGUGGAUGUUGUGCGGCAACUAUACAAGGAAGGAGGAGUUCGAUCGGUGUUUAGAGGUUCAUUUGCAACAUUGGCAAGAGAUGGUCCUGGUUCAGCCGCAUACUUCGCAACGUACGAGUACAUCAAGAGAAGAUUGACACCUCUUGACCCUGCUACCGGCAAGCCAAGCGGAAACUUGAGCCUGCCAGCAAUCACAUGUGCAGGAGCGGCAGCAGGUGUAGCAAUGUGGGUCCCAGUGUUUCCGAUUGACACCGUGAAGUCGAGGCUGCAAACAAUGGAAGGGAAGCCCACAGUUGGAGGAGUGAUCAGUGGGCUUUACAGGAAUGGAGGAUUGAAGGCUUUCUUCCCUGGAUUUGGACCAGCGCUCGCGAGAGCGGUACCUGCCAAUGCUGCCACGUUUUUGGGUGUUGAGCUGGCUCAUCAAUUCAUGAACAAGACUUUUGGAUGAAGGGAGGAUUGUGGUGGAUAAUGAGGGCAUUGUUCAGCGUAUAGAUCACUUGGGAGCAUUCUGAAAGACGGAUUUGACGGACCACGGAUAGACGGACGAAUAAGCAAUGAUAUAUUUCCUCAGCCAGCCGAAUCCCGACUCAGAAGCACAGUGUGUUGAUGUGUCGAGUAGGGUUUGACGAAGUGUGAUGUCUAGCAAAAGAUGCUUGGCAAGUCAAACCCCGAAGUCGGGCAUCUAAGAGAUCCAUUCAGACAAGCCUUUCUCUCUUUGUCAGACUCGAGUCAGUGCAGUGAGGUGUGAGUUCUGAACCCCGUCCG